CACCGCACCGCACCACCACUGGUAGCCAUGGGACCCACAGGUCAGUCUCGCACCCUGUUGCUUCUGCUCCUCGCCGCCGCCGCCGCCGCCGCGCCAGAGCACGAAUCCUUGCUCCGCCUCCCCUCCUCGGCGCGCUCCCUCGCCCCGAAGACCCCCCGCUCCACCGGCGCCGAACUCAUCCGCGCCCUCAACCUCCACCCUCGCGACGCCUUCCCCCGCCGCCCCGACGGCGUCGGCAUCGGCGGCAGCGAUGCUCUCCCGGCCGGAACCCUCGUCGAGAGGCCGAUCCGCCUUGCGUCUCUGGUGGCCGGAGACGACGGCGGCGGCGGCACGUCGGUGAGCAACCUCGGGCACCACGCCGGGUACUACCGCCUCCCCACCACUCACGACGCCAGGCUCUUCUACUUCUUCUUCGAAUCCAGGCAGCACAAGAAGGAGGACCCCAUGGUGAUCUGGCUGGCGGGAGGGCCCGGCUGCAGCAGUACCUCUGGCACUGUAUCUUGCUUUGCUGCCUAUUUUGUUUGCAAUACAAUAUUCAGUUCCAUCAGGUUGAUAAUCGGGAACAAAAAUUAUUAUGACGUCAGGAAGCCAUGCGUGGGGAGCCUAUGCUAUGAUUUUUAUAACUUGGAGAAGUUUCUCAAUCUGAAAUCUGUCAGACAGAGCCUAGGCGUUGGAGACAUAGAGUUUGUUUCCUGCAGCCCGACCGUCUAUCAGGCUAUGCUCUUAGAUUGGAUGAGGAACCUUGAAGUUGGGAUCCCUGAACUCCUUGAGAACGAUAUCAAAGUGCUGAUUUAUGCUGGAGAGUAUGAUCUCAUAUGCAACUGGCUAGGAAACUCAAGAUGCGUAGACUCUAUGGAAUGGUCUGGAAAGAAAGCCUUCAUGUCCUCGGUGGAGAAACCCUUCACGGUUGAUGGAAAAGAAGCCGACAUUCUAAAAAGCCACGGCCCUUUGAGUUUUUUUGAAGGUCCACGAUUCUGGUCACAUGGUACCCAUGGAUCAACUGAAGGCCGCCUUGGAGAUGCUCAAGAGGUGGAUGUCAGGAAACCUUUCAGACGCCUCCUCGAGCUCUCAGAGGCUCGACUUCGCCAUAUAAUCCAUCCUUGCGCUGGCUACUAGUGUAAUGUAUCUGGUGUGCACGCACAUGCCUUGGGAUGAUCUUAGGUGAUGGGAAGCUCGUCGGCGACCGUGCAUACGCUAUUUCCCUUGUACGGUGCUCGAGGUUGAUGAGCGUGUAAUAAAAGGCUUUCAGAGGAUUGCUGGGGCAAUGCGAAUGCCGAAUGUAUCACGAAGAUUAUCGCCAA